AUGGUGGUUUUCUUUGUUAUUCUGCAACCUGAGGUGUUUAUGAAUCAUGUGCUCAAGCCUGGGACUGAUGGAAAGGUCGCAGAUUCAUCUAGUUUGGCCAAUGAAGUUGCUAGGGUUGCUGGGUCAGUUAAGGCUGGAGAACCUAGUGCUCCUGCACCUACCAACCUUGAGACAGUCCAAGAGUUAGCAAAAGAAACUGGAUCUUCCGAGGAGCAAAUUCAAGCGCAAACUGGCCUUGAUGAUGCCUUGAAAAGGCGACUGCAGAAGUUGAUUGACUCAAAUCGAGUCAUGCUUUUCAUGAAAGGAACCCCUGAGGAGCCCAAAUUCAUGGAGGGGAUACAGAAGUAUUCUAACUGGCCAUAUUUACCACAUAUCUACUUCGAUGGGAGGGCUCGUGGUUUAUAUCACAUAACAACUUUCAAGAAAGGUUUCCAAAGUGAGCGAUGA